UUCAAAUGUUGUGGCCAAACCCCCUGGAACUCCUUACAUCUCUAAGGAACUGCACAGUGUUUACUACAUUAUCAAAAACAAACCAACCAAGGUCAUGUGCGAAGCAUACAAUGUGGAUUACAUCACUUUCUCCUGUGGUAUGGAAAAUAUUGAAGUGAAAGCCACUCGUGAAAGAGCUGAAGAAUUUGUCCAGCUGGAUGGCUCCAUUGUGAUGCAGAAUGUUGUGGAAGCUUUCAUUACGCUGCGAAGAGAUCGUAUUGAAAAGUACGAUGAUGGACAAGACUACUGGUGUCAAUGUUAUGCUCACUAUUCUGUUCCGGGGAUGGAAGAUAAGCAGAUUUUGUCCAGCCAAAAAGGAUACGUUGAAAUUGCUUUCAUCAGGAAGAACUUCCAGAAAUCCCCUCAAAACCAGUUCGUAAAGCAAGGAGAGUUUUUGUCCAUUGAAUGCCGUCCCCCUAUUGGAAAUCCUCAGCCUAAGGUGUCAUGGCUGAAGAAUGGUGAACCUGUUGAGGCUCUCAAUGUGUUGCCUAACGGAGCCCUUAUCUUUGAGUCUGCUCAGCCAGAGGAUGGAGGAAAUUAUCAGUGCGUUGCUCAAAACGAGGCUGGCAGGAGAUCAAGCGAAAGAAUUUUGGUUGAAGUUGAAGCGAUGGAGGGAGCAGUCGUUGUUGGUGGUGGUGGUGUUGAUACAGAAGAAGGACUUGGAGGAGAGGAGGUAGAAGGAGAAAUUGUUGAAGGGACAAUUGUAGAUGGAGAUGAGGUUAUUGUGACUGGUGAACCUGAAGGAGAGGCGGAGGAUAAGCAAGAAGGAGAGGGUGUUGUUAUUGUAGGAGAAAGUGAGCCGACAGGAGAACCUGAUAGUGAUAAGACAGGAGAAGAGUUUGUUGUAGCAGAGGGUGAACCUACCGGAGAACCCGAUAGUGAUGAGACAGGAGGAGAGGUUGUAGUUGAAGAAGGUGAACCUGAAGGAGAAACUAGUGAAGAUCAAACAGGAGAAGCAGUAGUUGUCGGAGAAGGAGGUGACCCCGAGGGAGAGGCUGAAGAUAAACAGGAAGGAGAGGAUGUUGUUGUAGUAGGAGAAGUUGAACCAACGGGAGAGCCUGAUGAUGGUCAGAAAGGAGAAGGGGUUGUUGUAGUUGCAGAAGGUGAGCCCACAGGAGAAACUCAAGAUGGAGGAGAAGGUUAUGCGGAAGAGACCACAGAGGAAGAGGGAGAGGCAGAAGAAAAUCAGGAGGGAGUAAUUGUAGUGGCUGGAGGAAUACCAGAAGGCGAGGAUGUAGAACCUGAGGAAGGAAAAGGAGAAGAUCAAAUGGGAGCAGGAGAAGCUGAGGGAGUAAUGGAUGGAGAAAAGGAAGAGGGUACACAGGGUGAAAGAAAAAGCGAAACUGUAGAUGAAGAAGAAUAUGUAACACAGGUUGUUCCUGAAAUUGAAGUUCCCAGCACCCCUGAAGACGAUAGUGUUUCUGAAGUAGAAGUUGGCGCUACCCCUGAGGAAGAUAGUACCCCUGCAAAUGAAGUUGUCAUUUCUUUUGAAGAUGAUAGUGAUCCUGAAAAGGAAAUUGUCAUAUCUGUAGAAGACAAUAGUACUCCUGAAGGUGAAGUAGACAUUUCUGAUGAAGAUAAUAGUGAUCCUGAAAGUGAAGUUGUCAUAGCUGAAGAAGAUCACAGUGAUCCUGAAAGUGAAGUUGUCAUAGCUGAAGAAGAUCACAGUGAUCCUGAAAGUGAAGUUGUCAUAGCUGAAGAAGAUCACAGUGAUCCUGAAAGUGAAGUUGUCAUAGCUGAAGAAGAUCACAGUGAUCCUGAGAGUGAAGUUGUCAUAGCUGAAGAAGAUCAUAGUGAUCCUGAAAGUGAAGUUGUCAUAGCUGAAGAAGAUAACAAUGAUCCUAAAAAUGAGGUUGGCAUUUCUGUUAAAGAAGAUAGUACUCCCGAAAGUGAAGUAGGCAUUUCUGUAGAAGACAAUACUACUUUUCAAAGUGAAGUAGGCAUUUCUGUUGAAGAUAAUACUGAUCCUGAAAAUGAAGUUGGCAUUUCUGCUAAAGACAAUAGUGCUCCUGAAAGUGAAGCUGGUGCCUCUGUUGAAGAUGAUAGUGCCCCCGAAAAUGAAGUUGGCACUACCACUGAAGAAGGGACACAGAGUGAAAAGGGAGAGGAAGAAGAGGAGGAUGACAUUGGCUUUGAGACAGUAGUUGUGUAUGAAGGAGACUAUAGAGACACAUUAGAAAAAGAGCCAGUUGAGGAAGUUCCGAAAGGUGAGGUAGACAUGGACCAAAUAGGUGGAGCAACUGGUGAUAAAACAUGCAUGGCCAUGCUCAACACCUGCCAGAAGGUUCUACCCCCUAACACCGAUGCCACUGUUGUGUGCAAGAAAUUCGAUGAAUAUAAGGAGUGCACUGAUCGUUUUAUGAAGGCUUGCACAGGAAUUCUUAGUGAAGAAUCAAUGAAUGCAGUGAAGAUGGCAAGGAUGAACGUGGAACAGAAUUGCAUGGCAAUAACUUCUCAGUGCCCCAAGCUUGAGCAAUGCAAAUUGAUCUACUCCAAUGUUUUGGAUGACUCCGCUGGCUCAAGCGGUCUCCCUGUCCAGUCAUUCUGCAUGGAUAUUGAUUCGUUCCUGCGAUGUGUCGACCAAACUCUGCUGGACUGCAAUGUGUCAAUGACUUCUCCUGGUGACAUGAAGCCAAGUCUGUCAAGCAUUGGAACGUGGUUUGAAGAGUAUUGUGAUGGCUUGAUCAUGGGCAGCAACUCCAUUGCUUCUUGUGAUCAGAUUGUCAGCUGUGAUCUCAAAUUUACUCAGGUUGCUGGUGAUAACUCCACAUACUGGUGCAGAAUGAUGGAUUCUCUCCUGCAAUGCACAGAAAAUGCUGUUGAUACCUGUGGACUGGAUGAGUUGAGGGAUGACCUUACUUACCUGCAUGAUCAAGCUAAACAGUUUUCCUGUGGAGAACAUAUGGGCACAGGCACUGAUUAUAACCCAGAGGAACCAGCUGUAGGUGAACCGGAGGUUGAUACCGAACCGGAGGCUAAUGGAAGUAAGGAUGGAGGUAACGACUACGGUGGUCAGCCUGAUGCAGAGACAGAUGGUGCUGACCCAGAGGGUGACGAUAAAGAGAUGGAGGAGGGAGAAACUGGCUCUGUCUCGGAUCCUGACAAAGAAAAUGGAGCUACCUCUAUGAGCAAGUCUGCCAUAUUGGCUAUUUUCAUGCAGCUGAUCCUGGCCACCUUAUUGUCAUGGAGAUAGAGAGCCAUAGUUAUUCAAGUGGUCAGCGUUUUGUUUUUGUUUUUGGGUUGUUUUUUUUAUUCUUCAAUCCCUUGAAAGGUUGAGAGAGCAAAUGACAUAGGCGAAAGAGUAAAUGAUCAUCUAACAUCCCUUAGUUUGGAUCCGUUGAGGUGUUGUUCUCAGUUUUUCGGAGUUUAUUUGUUCGUCCUGUUGUACCUUUCCCUUUUGUUUUCUUUUGAAUUUCUAACAGCUGAGUGCCUUGGUCACGUGACAACGUGUUAUGUGUAUGAUGCCAAAAGAGACAGUGACAGUUGAAACACCUGCGUUCAGAAAGAUUAAAUAAUAAUGUAUAGCUUAUCGUUUUGUUCAACAUUGAUUAGAUCAAUGCUGAUGGUAAGUCAUAAGAGAUGGGAGGAAGUCACGUUGGUAAGUUCUGAGGAAUGUUAUCCCAAUGAUGAACUGCCAAGAUUUUAGAGGUUUUGAUUUUUACUGACAGAUUUUAAUUCUGUUACAAAUCAGACUUUCAUAUGUUAUGUAUGUGAAAUGCAACUGCCUAAUACCGUAAUUUGUGGAAAAAAAGAACCGUCAUAGAGUGAAUGAGAUACAUUAUCAAAAGAUGAGUACCAGUAUUGUACCCGAUAAAUUGUUGCCUCUAGUGUUUAUUUGUUUUCUGAAGUUUUGUAUUUAGAAGGGACUACGUCGUUAUAUGUGUGUGUAUGCUCACGAGUGGAUGAAACGGAGGAAAAGAGACUGCUUGUGUAUUUGUACAUGACUGAGUUUGUUAAUGAGAAUAUGUAAAGAGAGAGAGGAAUACAAAAAGAGAGAGAGAGAGAGUGGGUUCAUGUGUGCUUAUGUAUGUGUAUGCAAGUUUUUCUGACUAUGCGUGUACGUUAGUGUCUGGUUGUACCUGUUCAGGCAUUUGCAUAUAUAUAUGUUUUGUAACCUGACAAGAGAUGCUUCUAGUCUUCUUUAUUCUACACAGAUUUUGAUGGCUGGUUGAAUUGUACGAUCUAUGAUUUUUGUUGUGUAGCAGAGUACAAGCUAUAUAUGUCAGUGAUAUGGCUUGUUCUAGACUUAGCGGAGUUUGAUAUCGUCCAUUCUUCAUACUGACAAACUCUUCAAUUUUAAAGGGCAUAGUGUGAUUAUCCGAAUAGAACAGUGAGUUUGUUGUUUGAAUUGGGUUUCUUCUUUUCAGUUGGUUGUAUACUGUGAAUCAAAUCUCAUAAUAUAUACUGUGUGGAGCGUCAGUUGUUUUCUUGUAUAUAAGCAUUUCAUUCAUCUUGACAUUAUUGAUGUCUCCAAUCUAUCAUCAAAUGACAAAAAAAAAUUCAAAAUCUCAACCCAAAAAUUAUGUGUGAUUCUUAACUCUCUUUCACUGCAAAAUUUUUUUGGGUGAAGAAAAAGAAGAUAGCAAAGACUGUUAAAACUCAACUCAUACUGUGCCUUUAAGUUUUGAAUUCAUCUUUUUUUUUUCCCCAGUAUAAAAUGACAACCAAUUUGUCUCUGUCUGUAUACAGGUGUCUUAUUUUGGAUUUUGUUUCCCCCUCAGUAAUUUUACUUACCUUUAAAAUAAUUUUUUUAAAGAAUAUAACAAUGUUGAUCUUUAUUUAAGUAGAAAGUCUUUUUACAUUGAAAAUAAACACUGUCUAAGCUUCAGCAUUGUUCCUGUUUGAAUUGCCUUAAAACUUAUGCACUCAAUUGUCCUCCCUUCUUCUCGUAAGAUUGUAGUGUUGAUCUUGCAAUGUGUUCGAAUGAAUGUUGGCUCUCUCAUAAUCUUUUACAAGGAAAGAGAGAAGAGUAACAUAAAGUGGCGGACUCUGAUGAAGAUCUUUGUGCAUGCGCAUUAAUUCAAAGUAUUUUUCUUCAUUUUGUUGUAAAUGUUGCUUGUGCAAAUGGUAAUUUAUGUAUUUAUUUCCUUUCAAUACAUACUCACAUAGUUCCUGACAUGGGAAGUAUUAAAUGUGUUUAAGCAGUAUACAUUUCUCUGAAGUAUCAUUUAAAUUAUGAUAUUAUUUCUUUUAGCCAUUGCAUAAGCUUCUUGAAAGUACUGUGAAGUAAAUCUUAUUGUACUGGAUGUUUUUGACAAAGUUCCACCAGUUUAGUCAUACUUGAGAAUAAAUACUCAGUGAUAAUAGUCACCUACUUCAACACAACUUUUGAAUGCUGUAUUUUUUUGUAUUGUUUCUUUAUUUUGCUACUUCUUUUACUGCCAUGAUUCAUCGAGAUUGCAAUAAAACUUAUGUGUAUAAAGUUUGACGAUAUCUUAUACAGUCUGUCAUGGUUGAUUUUUCCCCUCUUCAUAUGGCCUUUCAAAACUUUGAUAUCCAGGUAUUCCAGUCAAUGCAAACUAUUAGUUUCAAAAUUUACCUACCAUGUUAACACUGUAUGUUAACAUUUAAACUGUGUUGCUCUAUUUCCAAAAUGCAGUGCUUCUCAUGCCUCUUAAACUUUCACAAGGUGGCCAAAAAAAAAAAAAUGAGGAAAAUUAUAGCAGCCGCUUUUAUUUAGAAUGUUAAUCGUUGGAGAAGAGCAUUUGUUAGAGGGUGGUUUUUUAAGCACAGGACUUUUAUUUCCAUGAACAUGCUCUUGCUCUGUCCUCACAGGGUUGAUAUAGCCAGAGAGUUUGAUUUGAUUUAUUGAAUUUCCCUUGGAAGAAUCACUCUUGAGUGUUACGUUCAUUUUCUACUAAUAAAGUUUCCAUUUUCUCUUCACUCAUUAACACUGAUUCUGCAGAUAGACAGGAGUCUUUUUCAUGAAACCUCAAGGCUUUGUUGUGCUUUACAGACUCUUACUUUCCCUAGGAAUUUGAUUGAAACCUUUAAAUUAUACAAACUACUGGGGCUUAGGGCUGAAUCAAUUUCUGGAAGUUAGUUAUGUCCUGUAGCUUGUAGAAGUCUCUCCCUCUUUACAAGUUGAGAAAGUCUAUGUUUCAGAGGCAAGUUUUCUGUCAUGUCUUCCAGAUAAGACUUUGUUCUUCUUAAAAAUUAAUCAAUAAAAUUUCUUGUGUCUGAA